AUGGCAGAAGGAAAGCCACCAAAAGUUAUUUGUGUUUACAACAAAAAACGACUUGGCUUCCUUGGUGACAGAGUAAUGGUAGCAAUAAAAGGACAAAAGAAGAAAGGUAUUCUUGUGGGUCUGAAGCAAACACAAAAUGUUAAGGUGCCAAAAUUUGACAGCAACAAUGUUGUAUUAAUAGACGAUAAUGGCACACCCCUGGGCACUCGCAUCCAUGUACCUAUACCGACAAUACUACGGACCAUUCUCAAAGAGAGGACUCAUUCUAAAGGAGCUGACUACACCAAGCUGCUGUCGAUAGCAACCAAAUUUGUU